AUGGACGCGGCGGCGCUGGAGCGGGACGCGGUGCAGUUCGCGCGGCGGGCGGUGCGGAGCGACCACGAGGGCCGCUACUCGGAGGCGGUGUUUUACUACAAGGAAGCUGCUCAGGCCUUAAUUUAUGCUGAGAUGGCAGGAUCAAGCCUGGAACAUAUUCAAGAAAAAAUAAAUGAGUAUCUGGAAAGAGUCCAAGCUCUCCACUCAGCAGUUCAGUCGAAGAGUGCUGAUCCUUUGAAAUCAAAGCAUCAGUUGGACUUAGAGCGUGCUCAUUUUCUUGUUACACAAGCUUUUGAUGAAGAUGAGAAAGGGAAUGUGGAAGAUGCUAUAGAAUUGUAUACAGAAGCUGUGGAUCUCUGUCUGAAAACUUCUUAUGAAACUGCUGAUAAAACCCUGCAAAAUAAACUGAAACAGUUGGCUCGACAGGCCCUAGAUAGAGCUGAAGCAUUGAGUGAGCCUUUGACAAAGCCACUUUGCAAAGUCAAGUCAACAAAUAUUAAACCAAAGCCACCUCCAGUGAGAACACAUUUCCCACUAGGAUCUAACCCCUUCCUUGAAAAGCCUCAGGCAUUUAUAAGUCCACAGUCUUGUGACGCACAAGGACAGAGAUACACCGCAGAGGAAAUAGAAGUGCUGAGGACAACAUCAAAAAUAAAUGGUAUAGAAUAUGUUCCUUUCAUGAGUGUUGACCUGAGGGAACGUUUUGCUUAUCCAAUGCCUUUCUGUGAUAGAUGGGGCAAGCUACCAUUAUCCCCUAAACAAAAGGCUACAUUUUCCAAAUGGGUACGACCAGAAGACCUCACCAACAACCCUACAAUGAUUUAUACUGUGUCGAGUUUCAGCAUAAAGCAGACAAUAGUAUCGGAUUGUUCCUUUGUGGCAUCACUAGCUAUCAGUGCUGCUUAUGAAAGACGGUUUAAUAAGAAGUUGAUUACCAGCAUAAUUUACCCUCAGAAUAAGGAUGGUGAACCAGAGUACAAUCCAUGUGGGAAGUAUAUGGUGAAACUUCACCUCAAUGGUGUCCCAAGAAAGGUGAUAAUUGAUGACCAGUUACCUGUUGAUCAUAAGGGAGAAUUGCUCUGUUCUUACUCCAACAACAAAAGUGAAUUAUGGGUUUCUCUCAUAGAAAAAGCAUACAUGAAAGUCAUGGGAGGAUAUGAUUUCCCAGGAUCCAACUCAAAUAUUGAUCUUCAUGCACUGACUGGGUGGAUACCAGAAAGGAUUGCUAUGCAUUCAGAUAGCCAAACGUUCAGCAAGGAUAAUUCCUUCCGAAUGCUUUAUCAAAGGUUUCACAAAGGGGAUGUCCUCAUCACCGCGUCCACUGGGAUGAUGACGGAAGCUGAAGGAGAGAAGUGGGGUCUUGUCCCCACUCAUGCCUAUGCUGUUUUGGACGUUCGAGAGUUCAAGGGGCUGCGAUUUAUCCAGUUGAAAAACCCUUGGAGCCAUUUACGUUGGAAAGGAAGAUACAGUGAAAAUGAUGUGAAAAACUGGACUCCAGAGUUGCAAAAGUAUUUAAACUUUGAUCCCCGAACAGCACAGAAAAUAGAUAAUGGAAUAUUUUGGAUUUCCUGGGAUGAUCUCUGCCAGUACUAUGACGUGAUUUAUUUGAGCUGGAAUCCAGGUCUUUUUAAAGAAUCUACAUGUAUUCACAGUACUUGGGAUGCUAAGCAAGGACCUGUGAAAGAUGCCUAUAGCCUGGCCAACAACCCCCAGUACAAACUGGAGGUGCAGUGUCCACAAGGGGGCGCUGCAGUUUGGGUUUUGCUUAGUAGACACAUAACAGACAAGGAUGAUUUUGCAAAUAACCGAGAAUUUAUCACAAUGGUUGUAUACAAGACUGAUGGGAAAAAAGUUUAUUACCCAGCCGACCCCCCUCCCUACAUUGAUGGGAUACGGAUUAACAGCCCCCAUUAUCUGACGAAGAUAAAGCUGACCACGCCUGGGGCCCACACCUUCACCUUGGUGGUUUCUCAGUAUGAAAAACAGAACACGAUCCAUUACACUGUUCGGGUGUAUUCUGCGUGCAGCUUCACUUUUUCAAAGAUUCCUUCACCAUACACCUUAUCUAAACGGAUUAAUGGGAAGUGGAGUGGUCAGAGUGCUGGAGGAUGUGGGAAUUUUCAAGAGACUCACAAAAAUAACCCCAUCUACCAAUUCCACGUGGAAAAGCCUGGGCCGUUACUGAUUGAGCUAAGAGGACCAAGGCAAUAUAGCGUUGGAUUUGAGGUUGUAGCAGUUUCUUGGGUGGGAGAUCCUGGCCCUCACGGCUUCCAGAGGAAAUCCAGCGGAGACUACAGGUGUGGAUUCUGCUACCUCGAAUUGGAAAAUACACCUGCUGGGAUCUUCAACAUCAUCCCUAGCACGUUUCUGCCUAAACAAGAAGGCCCUUUCUUCUUGGACUUUAAUAGCACUGUCCCCAUCAAGACAACGCAGCUGCAGUGACGGGGACCCCUGCAGCCUUAGCGCUUUGUUUCCCCGGCUUUGGCUCCGGCACCGCAGAGGAAAGACGCAGAUCUUCAGGCUGAGAAACGACCAUCGUGCAGCUCUAGACAGCACGUCACAGUGGGACCUGGUGCUUGUCAGCGUUGGGUAAGAGAUGUAUAUAGUCAGAAUUUCCUGAAUCAUCUAGAAACACUGUGUACAUGGCUGUGUGUGCAGAGUUGGCUUGUACGUAGGGGCCAUCCUGUAUCAGACAGUGCAUAGGAUUAAAAACUAGACUCGUUCAUCACUGUGACAGGCCUUUGCUAAGAGGACAGGGCAGGAGACCAGACGAGGAAGCAGAGGGGCAGAGACUGAGUGGAAUGGCGGCCUGGAACGUUAUCAUGUCCUCCUUUUACCGAGCAUGCUGUAAGCUAAACCUGCUUGUUUUGGCUCCGCUGUACAUCUUGUACGACCAAUUACCAAAUCAUGUCACUGUAACUGACUUUAAUUGUGCAUUAUUUAGGACUUAAUGUUUCUUGUUGCCCAGAUGUUAGGAAAGAGGAAAGCUUUAAGAAGUAUUGACUAGCUUAGCAUGAAGACGCUCAUGUUAAGAAUGCAGGCUGUGGACCCUAGACCCCUACAUCACAUGGAACUGUGUGGCAAGGACCGAGGUGUGUUCAGUGUUGUUGGAAGUAGUGAGCUGACACACUGAAGACACAGUUCAGUGUGGACCGACUCAUAAAACUGCUCUGUAGUUUAGUGCUCAGCACUUUGAAGAAGAAAAUGGAGAAUUUAAUGUAUGGUGAUUGGGUUAGAGCGCAUUCGGGAAAAUAAUUCGCCAUGAAGUCUAGUGUUGUGUAGACUGGCCAGUCAUUUAUAUAAAACCCCAUCAGAACCGGACACCCAUGAUUUUAAAGAUCUGAAAUUAACUAAAGGGUGGAAUUUUUCAUUGUCUCUACUUUAUAAUUAUCAAAACUUUUUAUUUUGUAUUUUUACUGCCUUUAAUUGAAAUAAAAUGUUUAUACUUAA